AGUGUAUACUCUACUUGCAGCUCUGACUCCAGACUCGUAACACCUGCCCUGAUCAAUUUGGACAGACGUAGUUGAGCUGAACUUAUCCCGACUCACACUACUCUCCGGCGCCCGUUCGGACUCAUUCACGAUGCCAAAGAUGCUCAGGAUAGAGUGUAGCGGGACUCCCUACGAGAUCGGUCUCCAACAUGGCCAAGAAGCCCGUGUCCAAAUCUCCCGCAGCAUCAUGUUCUACGCCGACCUCUUCCUCAAAGAAGCCAAACUCGACUGGUACCAAGUGCAAUCCCUCGCCAUGAAAUUCGAGCCCGUCAUCCGCGAAAAGUGGCCCGCCUACAUGGAAGAAAUGCGCGGCAUCGCCGACGGCACCGAUCUCGGCGUCGAAGACAUCAUCGCCAUCAACGUGCGGACGGAGAUUGCGUUUGGUGCAUUCUCGGAUGGAUGCACGGCGCUGUCGUGGAAGACGGACGAGCACUCGUGGCUCGCGCAGAAUUGGGACUGGAACGAGGUGCAGAAGAAGAAUCUGGUGUUUUUGUCGAUUGAGCAGCCGGGGAAGCCGAGGAUCAAGAUGAUUACCGAGGCCGGGUUGAUUGGGAAGAUUGGCUUGAAUGAUGCGGGUGUUGGAGUCUGUUUGAAUGCUAUCAAGGCGAAGGGCAUGGACGCUACGAGACUGCCUUGUCAUUUGGGACUGCGAAUGGUGUUGGAGAGUACGAGUCGAGCCGACGCGGUGGAGAAGUUGGAGAAGUUUGGGAUCUCGUCCGCGUGUCACAUGUUGAUUGCAGAUGAGAAUGGCGGUGUGGGCGUCGAAUGGAGCUCAACAGACGUGGCCAAGCUUGAGAUGAAUGAUGCUCGACAAGUGUUCCACGCGAACCACUUUCUGCUCCAACAUGAUGGCGUGGAAGACAAGAAGUGGUUGGAAGAUUCAUCCUUCCGGACUAGCAGGAUCGAGGAGCUGGCGGAGAAGGUCGAGGGUGAGCCAACAUAUGAGAAGCUCUACGACAUCUUCUGCGAUGAGGAGAACUUUCCGGGGGGUAUCUGUCGAAAGAUGGAAGGGAGAAGUCAGUCGGCGAGUCUAUUCAACAUCGUGAUGGACCUCAAGGCUAGGAGAGCAGAUGUUACCUUGGGCAGGCCAACGGAGCCGGAGGAGAAGAUCAUCUUGUCAUUCUAG